AUGCCGUCCAAGCUAAGGAAGGCAAUUGAAGCAGUUAAAGAUCAAACCAGCAUCAGCAUUGCCAAGGUCUCCAACAAUCAUUACACCAGCCUAGAGGUUGCAGUCCUGAAAGCCACAACCCACGACGACGUUCCUGUCAACGAACGAUACGUAAAAGAGGUCCUGCACCUCAUUUCUGCAGACCAGAUAUACGCAGCAGCAUGCGCUAGAGCCAUUGGCAAAAGAAUCAGCCGGACGCGUAACUGGAUUGUGGCAUUAAAAUCGUUGAUGCUGGUUUUCAGAAUAUUUCAAGAUGGUGAUCCAUACUUUCCUAGAGAAGUCCUCCAUUCCAUGAAAAAAGGCGCCAGAAUCCUCAAUCUCUCGGCUUUCCAUGAUGAUUCCAAUUCCAGCCCCUGGGAAUACACAGCAUUUGUCAGAACGUUUGCUUCGUAUCUCGAAGAGCGGUUAGAUUGUUUUCUCACAGGGAAGCUUCAACGCAGAUAUACCAGUAUUGAUAGAAGUAGAGAAGAAGAAGAUGGCGAGAAAAGUACCAAUGAUUCGAUAGGUAACAUGAAACCAUCUGUGCUGCUUGAUAGAAUUGAGUUUUGGCAGCGUUUGCUCCAACGAACCAUCGCCACAAGGCCAACGGGGGCAGCCACAACGAAUCGACUGGUUCAAAUAUCUUUAUACGCAGUGGUGCAGGAGAGUUUUCAUCUAUACAAGGACAUUUUAGAAGGUCUCACUUAUCUUGUUCAGUGCUUUUUCCAUCUGCGAUAUGAAGACUGUGUUCAGGCCUUCAAAACUUGUUUGAAGGUCACAGGCCAAUUUGCAGAGCUUCGUCAAUUUUAUACUCUAUGUAAACGUAUCAGUGUAGGGAGAGAUUCUGAAUAUCCCAGUGUAGAAACACUAUCUGAGGAGAAAAUAGAAACAUUGAGGGAAUUUUUGAAAGAUCAGUCUUCAUUUCCAACUGUUUCAAGAUCUCCAAAUAGCCUGCCAAAUUCUAAUCAAACACCGCAAGAAAGUUAUGAGAGGGAUCUUGAAUCUACAAAACCUCCUAGACGUAAAAGUUCCCACAGAGCUUCUAAGUUGGGUCCAAAACAGACGUCAUUGGAGAAUCUACUUGAUGCCACAAAAGACGGAACAAGUCAAGGUAUAUCUAUAGACUUGGAAGCUUAUCCUGAUAAUUUUAAACAGCAGAGUGAUAGAAAUGACACUUUCCAAAUGAGUGAAUCAGACUCAACUCAUUCGUUACCGAUUACUAAUACAAUGUCUGAUCUAAUAAGCUUAGAAGAUUGGUCUGGACAAGAACAAGAAACAGUAACAAAGAAAAAUAUAGAAGAGCAGCGACAGCAGACUAACGCACCUACUUCCUGGGAGCUUGUGCUUGCAGAAGCCAUACAACUACCAGCAACACAAUCUGAGCCCGACAUCAGGGCGACAUUCAAUGCUUUCCCGGAACAAGAACAUGAAGAGCAACAUACUAAGGCGGGUGAAGGCUGGGAACUUGUAUUAGCAGAGACUGCAACUCAACCUAUGCAACCCUCAUUAGAUCCAAACCUUUUGUACGACAAACAUGUUCAUAGUGUAUCAAACACCCUUCAUGCCUUUCCAGGGCAAGAACAAAAUGGAAAAGAGGCAAGUUCAAGACAAAGCUGGGAAGUAGUGCUAUUUGAGACUGCAAAACAGCCACCACAACCAACACCAUUUUCACUAGAAAACUCCUGCUUUCAGACAACAGUGUUGCCACCAUUUUCACUAGAUAAUUUCAACAGUCAACCAGCACAGCUGCCACAACACUACAACCCAUUUUUAGAAGAUCCAAAUGAAUCGCGCGGAGUGCCAAUAGUCACGGGCAGCACCACUGCUGGCUUUGAGACGUCAUUUUCAGCAAAAAACUUCUCAUCAGCACCCACCUUUCAAGGAACUCCAACCUAUUCUACUCACAAUUUAGAUAUGGGGGUGGGGGCUUUAUCAGCACCUGCCUUUCAAGCAACUCAAAAAAUAACAGGAAAUGGGAUGGAGGCUGUAUCAGUACCUGCAUUUCAAGCAACUCCAACCUUUUCUGCUCACCAUCGAGAUGAUGGGACGGUGGCUUCAUCAGCUACAUUUCAAGCAACUCCAACCUUUUCUGCUCACAAUCCAGGUGAUACUUUAUCAUUACCGACCAUUCAAGCAACACCAACCUUUUCUGCUCACAAUCUAGACAACGGAGCGGGGGAUUUAUCCGCUCGUACAUUUCAAGCAACUCCAACAUUUUCUGCUCACUGUCCAGAUGACGUGACAACGGCUUAUGGGAAUGACCUGUUUGCAGAAUUUACCAAUCCAGGCAAUAGAUCAGGAGUUGUCAGUAAUAACUCGACUAUGUCAUUGGCUAGUGCACAGAUGUUUGAAGGUUCUAGGAACCAACAAAACUUGAUGCAUGAACAACAAAUAUGGUUGCAUGAGCCAAAAAAAUUCAUAGCAAAAAACAUAGCAUAG